CUCUGCGUUUUUGUGAAUCUCGCUUGGAAUUUUGUGUUUGUUUUCUGCAACAGAAAAAAGAAAUAUCAAUGGCAGCAGAGGAGGGACAAGUCGUCGGUGUUCACACUGUGGAUGCAUGGACCGAGCUGCUUCAGAAGGCAAACGACACCAAGAAACUGAUGGUAGUUGAUUUCACUGCUUCAUGGUGUGGACCGUGCCGCACCAUUGCACCGUUCUUGUCGGAGCUGGCGAAGAAGCUUCCAAAUGUCAUCUUCGUAAAGAUUGAUGUGGAUGAGUUGAAGUCUGUUGCUCAAGAUUGGGCUGUGGAGGCAAUGCCGACCUUCAUGUUUCUGAAAGAAGGGAAUAUUGUGGACAAAGUGGUGGGAGCAAAGAAAGAGGAACUGCAGCAGACUGUAGCAAAGCACGUAGCUUCUGCUUCUGCUUGAUUAUCAAUAUCUGCAUUCUAUUAAGCCUUUAGGAGGCCACAGACCUUAUGAUCAAUUCUAUAUAAAAUCAUAAAUCUAGACUUUAAAAUUUAACAUUUUGGCUUGUAUAAGUCUGGUAUGGUACUUGUGGUCAUUUCAAAUGAUUUGCAUAAAUACAGCUCUAUCUUAGCUCC